AUGGCCUUUGAGGACGGGUUUAACGUCACGCCAAAGACAGUGGGAAAAGAAGCAAUGGCCAACGAUGAGGCCUUUCAGGUCAAUGCUCCCACUCCAUCGUCCGAUUUGAAGGACGUGGACUGCGAGAAGCAUGGCGCUACUCGCGAGUCGAACCCAGUACCGGAUCUAAAGCGCCAGCUCAAAAGCCGACAUCUGCAAAUGAUUGCCAUUGAAUUAGGUGGUACAAUUGGUACAGGUCUUUUCAUCAGUAGUGGCACCGCCAUCGGUACAGCAGGGCCGGUAGGCGCUUUGAUUGCAUAUCUCUUCGUCGGCUCUAUCGUGUACUCCGUCAUGCAGGCCCUGGGUGAAAUAGCAAGUUAUCUGCCAAUCCAAGGAGCGUUCACGUCCUACGCAGCUCGAUUGAUCGACCCCAGUCUUGGUUUUGCCAUGGGUUGGAUCUAUUGGUUUUCCUGGGCUAGUACCUUUGCGCUAGAGUUAACUGCGACAGGGUUGAUUAUACAGUUUUGGGACAAGGAUAUCAACAUCGCCAUUUUCAUCGCAGUGUUCUGGGUCGUUAUUACUCUUUUCAACUUCCUACCUGUUAGCUUUUACGGUGAGCUGGAGUUCUGGUUCGCUAGUAUCAAGGUGAUCACAGUUGUUGGGUUUAUGAUCUUUGCAAUUUGUAUUGAUGCGGGGGCCGGCGAUAAAGGAUACUUGGGAUUUACUUAUUGGACUAACCCAGGUCCAUUUGCAGCUUACGCCGGUGUUUCUCCAGACUCAACAGCCAAAUUCGUGGGCUUUUGGGCUGUGCUUAUUCAGGCGGGUUUCUCAUACCAGGGAACAGAGUUGGUUGGUAUUGCAGCAGGUGAAACUGAAAAUCCCCGCAAAACUAUUCCUUCUGCGAUCCGCAAGACGUUCUACCGCAUUCUGUUCUUCUUCGUAUUGACUAUCUUCUUCAUCGGCCUGCUGGUGCCCUAUACCAAUGAAGACCUUGUUAAGGACGGAAACGAUGCAAACUCUUCACCGUUCGUCAUUGCGGCCAGACUUGCGGGUGUCAAGGUCCUGCCUCAUAUAAUCAACGCCGUCCUGUUAACUGUCGUGCUUUCCGCCGCCAAUUCCAACGUCUACAGUGGUAGCCGUAUCCUAAUCGGCUUGGCUCAAGAAGGGCUUGCCCCGCGCUGGUUCAAGAAAACGUCGAAAAAGGGCGUGCCCUACUACGGUGUCAUGUUCACUGCGGCGUUUGGCUUGCUCGGUUUCAUGAAUGUGUCUAAUGCUGGUAGUACAGUGUUCAACUGGCUUCUCAACAUUGCAGGUGUGGCAGGCUUCAUCACUUGGUGUUCCCUGAAUGCCUGUCAUCUUGCAUUCAUGCGAGCUCUGAAGGCUCGCAAUAUGUCUCGUGACCUUCUUCCCUUCAAAGCGAUGUGGCAGCCCUGGUAUUCCUGGUACGGGCUCUUCUUCAACAUAUUGAUCAUUUUGACUCAAGGGUUCACUGCUUGGAUCCCAACAUUCAGUGUAACGGAUUUCUUUAUCGCCUAUAUCAGCUUGAUCCUCUUCGUGGUACUCUAUGUGGGACAUAAAAUUUUCUAUCGGACGUCGUUUGUUCCCCCACUCGAGGCCGACAUCGACACCGGUCGGGUUUCUCUUGAAAACGAGUCAUGGGAAACCACCACUACUAAGUGGUAUCAAAGGAUCUUUCGCUCGUUUCGAGGCUAA